CAACGGUUGGACAAACGCGAAAAGUCGUAUAUUAUUCCGAAAAGUCGUAUAUUAUCUGUUGUUGUUUUCUCUUGGCACCUGGACCUUAACGAGCGUCCCGUCCGCAGGACGUUGAAAAUUUAGAACGUGCCAGAUUCAAAGUAAACUAAAUGUUUUAACGUUUUUAACCUUUUGAGUGCUGUGUGCCGUGUUUUUAAUUAUUCGUACGGUAAAUGCAAUUACCACUAAAAAUUCAACGCCCAGUGGCUGGAGCAUUAAGUGGCGCGAAUCUGGUUCCUGGAAGCGCGACCCAUUUAAAGUGCCGCAUUGUUCUUUAAUUCCCUUCUACCAGGCAUUUACUCUGUAUACAGUCACAAAGGAGCAGCUCUCAAAUACAUCCAUUGCGACAUACACAAGCAGCGCAACAAAGGAGCAACAAGGAAAGCUGGACUAAUCCGCCGUAGAGGCCCGCGCGCAACAUGUCCUUUAAGCUCUUCCGACGAGGCUCAGCGCGCUGCAUUGGCCUCCUGUCGGCAUUUGUGACCAUUUUGCUGUGCCUGUACUACAUUUCCAUUGGCCAGCCCAAUCAGGCGCACAGCACGGAUGCCAAUGCACUGGGUCUGGCUGUGAACGUGAAUCGUGCCCACGAGUCGUCUCUCAACAGCUUCAAUGUGGACGCCGGCAAAACUGCCGUCCAUAAGUUGCAGCCGCAGCAGCAGUCGCAACACCAGCAGCAGCAGCAACAGCAGCACCAGUUGCCACUGCAGCAAAAGCAUUAUCCCAGCACGCAGCAACACGAGAAUCUGGACUCGACUUCAGACGCCGAGACGGUACGGAAUGUGCACUGGGGCGACAAGUGCUACGUGCUGCUCCAAAGCAAAACAAACAUAACUGCCUCAGAGGAGCACAGCAGGUUUGAUUUUCAGCCCGAAUGGAUGCGCUCCAAGGAGUAUUGGGAUCGCGGCUUUGAGGAGCGCUACGAGGCGCAGAAGAAGGAUAAACAGCGGCCACCCUUAAAGGUCAUAGUGGUGCCGCAUUCGCACAAUGAUCCCGGUUGGCUGAAAACCUUCUUCAACUACUUCCAAUCGGACUCGCGGCAGAUACUCAAUCUGCUGGUGACCAAAAUGCAAGAGUACAAGGACAUGACCUUUAUCUGGUCGGAGAUUAGUUUCCUGCAGCUCUGGUGGGAUCAGGCACAUCCCACCAAGCAACGCGCUCUGAAGCGCCUGGUGAACUCCGGACGCAUAGAAAUCACCACCGGCGGCUGGGUCAUGACGGAUGAGGCCAAUGUGCACAUUUAUCCCAUGCUGGAUCAACUCAUCGAGGGUCAUCAGUGGCUGAGGAACAAUUUGAAUGUCACGCCCAAGGUGGGCUGGUCCAUUGAUCCCUUUGGGCAUGGCAGCACGGUGCCAUACCUGCUAUCCGGAGCCCAAUUCGAGGGGGCGAUUAUACAGCGCAUCCACUACGCCUGGAAGGAGUGGUUCGCGCGCCAACAAAGCGGCGAUUUCAUAUGGACUCCCUACUGGCGCUCGGCCAAGGAUCAGGGCAAGCUGCUGACACACAAUAUGCCCUUUGACAUAUACUCCAUCAAGGGAUCCUGUGGCCCCCAUCCCUCCAUCUGCCUGAACUUUGAUUUUCGCAAAAUACCCGGCGAAUACACGGAAUACUCUCUAAAGGCCCAAUAUAUAACCGAUGAGAAUGUGGAGGAGAAGGCCCAGCUGCUGCUGGAGCAAUAUGCACGCACCGCCUCCCUAUUUCCGCACAAUGUGGCCCUCAUUCCUGUCGGCGAUGAUUUCCGUUACAACAGGGAGCGCGAGGUGGACCAACAGUACAGCAACUACAAGAAGCUCAUCAGCCACAUUAUGGCCAACAAGCGUCUGUACAAUGUGGACAUUAAAUUUGGCACGCCCAGCGACUAUUUUGCGGCCAUACGUCAGCGCAUGGGCGACAACAAGGCGUUCCCCAGCUUCAAAGGAGACUUCUUUGUCUACUCGGACAUCUUCUCGGAGGGCAGGCCCGCGUAUUGGUCAGGCUACUUUACGACACGGCCCUUUUACAAGCUGCUGAGCACCGAGCUGGAGCAUAAUUUGCGUGCCGCCGAGAUACUCUUUACCAUUGCCUAUAAUACGGCGCGCCAAGCGCAUCACGAGGAUGCCAUCAAGAUCUAUGAGAAGAACUACGAGCAGAUAAUACACGCCCGGCGCAAUCUGGGUCUGUUCCAGCAUCAUGAUGCCAUUACGGGCACCUCCAAGGGGGCGGUGAUGCGUGAUUAUGCCAUGCGCCUGUUCGACAGCACCCAGAACAUGGUCAAGAUGCAGGAGGCGUGUGUGGAGCUGCUGCUGCAGAACUCCACCUCACAUCAGCAUGGCUUUCUGCUCAGCGAAUUCGAGCGGGAUAAUUUUAGCAAAUUGCCACGCAAAAUGCCCAUACAGCUGACCAAUCCGAGUGCUUCUUCUGGCAGCGACGAGGCCAGCGAAACCAACACAGUCGACGAGGAAGAGACAUCUGUGCCGCUGGCCAAGAAUGCCGAGGCCAGCUUUGUGAUCUUCAAUGCGCUCACCCAGCGGCGCUUCGAAAUUGUCACGUUGCGCGUCCAGCAGCCCAAUGUGCGCAUCUACAACGAGCACGGCGUGGAGCUCAAGCACAUCCAGAUCAAUCCCGUCUGGAAUAUCACCAACGUCUAUGAGCAGGGUUUCAAUGAGCGGCUGCAGGCAAAUAGCGGCCGCAUACGCACCUCCAUCCGCCAAUUCGAGGUCAUGUUCGUGGCCGAACUGGAGCCCCUAUCAUUGAGCACCUAUCGCGUCCAGGUGGAUGAGUUCAACUACAAGCGCAACAUCGCCACGAUCUACUGCGACGACUGCACGGAGAAGGCGGCCGUCGUCGAGCCUCAGCCUCAGACGGCCGCAGGCAGUGCCACGCCGCGCAACGUCAAUGUUGUGGAGUUUGAGGCAAAGGCCAAGCCAGCGGGUGACAUCCAGCUGGAGAAUGCUCACAUGCGUUUGCUGUUCGAUGAGAAGAGCGGCUUCCUCAAGACCAUCACCAGAAAGAACAAGCAGCAGCAGCUGCUGCAGCCGAUGCAAUGCGCUGUUAAAUUUUCCGCCUAUCGGAGUGCCCAGUUCCAUUCGGGCGCGUAUCUCUUUAAGACAGAUCCCGAGCAGAGCGAGGCCGAGAGGGAUGUGUUGGAGCAGUAUGACGAUGUGCGCAUCAUAAUCACCUCGGGACCCAUUGCCAGCGAUGUGACGGUCAUCUAUGGACCCUUCCUGGCACAUACUGUACGCAUUUUUAACACGCGCACCCACUUGGAUGCGGCUAUUUAUAUAGAGAACGACAUUGACUUUGAGCCGCCGCCAAAGAAUCGUGAAACGGAGCUGUUCAUGCGCCUGAUCACGAACAUUGACAACAUUGCGCCGGCGCCGCUGCAGCGUGAUCCGCUCAAGGAGCCCACCGAGACAAGCAUGCCUGAAUUGCCCGUUUUCUACAGCGAUCAAAAUGGUUUCCAAUUUCAUCAACGCAUCAAGGUGCCUGCGAUUGGAAUUGAGGGCAACUAUUUUCCCAUUACCUCGGCCGCAUUUUUGCAGGAUGCUCGCCUGCGGCUGACACUGCUCACCACGCACGCCCAGGGCGCCGCCAGCUAUGAGCCUGGCCAGCUGGAGGUCAUGUUGGACCGUCGCACACUCUACGACGAUUAUCGCGGCAUGGGCGAGGGCGUUGUCGACAGUCGCCUGACGCGUCACAAGUUCUGGCUGCUGGUGGAGGACGUGCCGCUGAGCCAGCAUGUGGAUAAACCGCCCAGCUACAAGGUGCUCAGCUUGCAGGCUCAACAAUUGGCCAAUGGACUGCGCUACCCACCGAACGUCUACUUUUUGAGCAAUUUUGAGCAGCCGCAAGCGGCGCUACAGCCGCUGGUGCGCCUGCUCCCACAUGGCGCGCUGCCCUGCGAUGUGCAUCUGACCACGUUGCGCACGCUCUCCGAGUCGCAGCUGCAGCUGUUUCCGUCCGCCUCGGCGCUAAUGGUGUUGCAUCGUCAGGGCUUCGAUUGCAGCGUCAGCUCACAGCAUCUGGACAUGAGCAGCCUGUGCCCGCUAACUGGCAACGGUCUGGGCGCCGUGCGCUUUGGCGAUCUGCGUCUGCUGAGCAUCGAGGCGACCAGCCUGACGGGCUUGCCCAAGCUUAUGCAGCCGCAGACCCUGCGCUCACUGGCACAGAUCACGCUGGAGCCCAUGGAGCUGCGCACCUUUAAUCUUACCUUUAGUGGGGAACUGUAAGCCCCGCGAGGCAACUGGACAGCAGUGGCAGUUAGUGUAGCUUCUAAGUUUGCGUUGUAUCUCAUGUGUAACAAACGACAAAAUAUUUAUUAUAUUUAUUUGAUGGUUGAGUUAAGUUCUUAUAUAUUUAGUUUUUAAAUACGGACAAGUGCAUGUUAUUUAGCUUUAUUAACAGAUCGUACACUCUUCUUCGCGUCUCACACAUUUAAAGUACAAAGCCCAGAGCAUUGUUAUCGUAUACCAAAUUUAUCUAUGUGAAUGUAUAUGCAAUAGAUCAUUUUACUGCCCGUCAGCAUUCCGUUUAAGCAACAGUCAUAUCCGAGCUCUAUAAAAAUCUAUAAUUCUAACUGUCCGGUCCAUACUUUGUGCAAUAAUCCUAAUAUAAUCUUAGUUAACUCCUUCAAAUUCUUAAGUAAUUCAAACUACAUAAAAUUAAGUCAUCUGUCUAUUUUGAUAUUUCUCAUAAAUAAUUUGUUUAGCUGAAACCAACAGAUAAUGUCUCAAACUAUUCUAAUAUUUUUUCUACUUUUGGUUUGUAAGCUGCUUAUAUAUAACUUCUCUGACUAGAUAAAAUCCAUUAUUGUUUAAUGUAAUAUGCAAAUUCUUAUAUACUAUAUAUAAUUUAUCUAGCUUAAGGCCAACAGACAAUAUCUAAAUUUAUUCUAAUUUUAAAUUGAUUUAAACAUUUCUUCUUUUGUAGCUUGCCUGAUUGGCCUUAGUUAAAAUUAGUAGAGCUUAAAGAUACAACUUAUACCAUAUAAAUAUUUAGCUGCAAAUAUUUAGACCGCGUAUUAGUGAAAAUUUGUUCAGUUUUAGCCACAAAUGUUGAAUUUUUGUUGCCUUCUAUUUAUUUAGACUGAUUAGCUUAAAAUAUACGCAAAACGAAGAAAAAAAAAGGAAGAAAAACGAUAAUUAAUGCUUAUUUAGCAAAUAUCUCAAUUAAAGAAAGACACUUGCAAUUAGCAUAAGAUUUUAACGGACGGAUGGAUAGCAAAACAAACAAAAGAAAAAGAGUUAAGCCAAAUAUUGAAGUACAUUAAAUACCCAAUACCCUAUAAUUAUGUUCGAUCUAAUUUUUUUUAUUUUUCUUGUAUAUAGUUCUAAAAGGCACGGUAAAUGAUAGCUCUAAUAUAAAAACGAAACUAACCCAUUUAGGCUAAGCCACAUUACCUGUAGUGCUGUACUUUAUAAACGUAAACGAAUCUAUGAUAUAAAAUACAUACAAAUUAUACCAUAGUUACUAACUAAA